GACUUCCAGAUAUGACACAUCGACAUAAGUUACAUUCAACAAUCAUACAUAACGAAAUGAUAUAUAUCUUUCAAUAUAUCCCUCUGGAAUUAUACUGAUCGGAAUUAUGGAGCAAACUGAUGGAAACAGUGGUCACUUCCCGAGGAAAGUGAAAAAUAUUGAAUUUGAUGCGCAUAGUUACAGUCCAGCGGUUAUUAUUAAAUACGAACUGGAAACAGUGGUGCAUAAUUUGGAAGGUGCAUCAUUUGCUUCGUUAUCAAAACACUGCAAAAAAAUCGUUCAGUUGAAAGAUCUGAAUGAACGAGUUGAUACAUCAGCUCUUGCUCGACAUAUCCUCCAAGUUUGUCCAAUAAUACCAGAAUGCAGGAUUGAUCAAUUGGAGCAAAUAUUGUAUUAUUUACAAAGGCGACACAAUUCAGGCAGUGGAGGUAAUAUAAAUUUAUCGACAAAAGACCUGAAUAUUGCGUUGACAUCACGAACAAGCAUGAGUAACAUAGAGAAUUAUAUCGAAAUGCUUUACGAUGAAGUUUCGGAAAAGACAAAAGCUACAGCUUUGUUCCUAGAGCUUAGUCAGAAUCACAGAAAUCUUCAACAACUUAUUGAGAAUGAGGUAUUGAUGGGUGCACUCGUACGUGUGUUACGAGAUAACUGGAAGAAAAGUUUCGAACUUGCUACUAAUAUCAUUACAAUGCUUUAUAACUUCUCUAUUUAUACAAAUUUUCAUCAAUUUCUGGCGCAUAAUAAAAUUGGUUCUCUGUCGAUGCAAAUUGUUGAUUAUGGAUUGAAACGUUGGGAAGCAUGGAGAACUGAAGCAUGUCACGGUGAUGAAUGUACUACACGUCGUCUUAACCUCGCAAUUUGCAAACAGCAGCAGUUAACUGCUGCUUGUUUAAAUUUGUUGCUGAAUUUGGCUGAGGAUAUUAAAGUUGAGAUGAAAAUGGUGAAUCGACAAAUAGUUGCAUUGCUUUCGAAAUGUAUACAAAACCAAGAUGCCAUUUUACCGUUGCUUAUAUCUGCCAUCAAUUUUUUGCUUAAAUUAAGCAUUUACAGUGAAAAUAAGGAGGCCAUGAUAAACGGUCGCAUCGUAGAAAGUAUAUCGGCGUUAUUUCCUAUAAAAAACUUGACUCUACGACACAACGCUAUUCAGUUGUUAUUCAAUUUGUCAUUUAUACCAUCUCUUCGUGAUCAAAUGGUUUCUGCUGGCUUUAUUUCUUACAUAGCACCGUUAAUUAACGAUGAAAGCGCUUUAAAAUUUCUCUAUCAAUUAAGCAUCAAUGAUGAUGCCAAAGCAAUGAUUACUUACACCGACGUUUUACAAAAUCUAAUGCGCAUAUUGUUAACUAAUAAUAAUUCGAAUAUAGUGAAAGCAAUCCUGAUCAAUAUAGCAUUGGAGAAGCGUAAUGCUCAAUUACUUUGUGGUGCCGAUGGUGAAGGACUUAAUUUAUUAAUCGAAGCAGCUUUAAAUCGAAGAGAUCAAUUAUUGCUGAAGAUAGUACGCAAUAUUGCAAUUCACAGUGGCCCUACACAAGCUCUAUUUUCGAAAUGGGCUAUCUGUCUGCUCGAAAUUGUGGUGAACAAAAAAACUGAGAAAGGACUUGAUUUAUUUGCCCUAGAAUGUUUAGGCAUUAUCAAUCAGCUAACCAGCGUUGAUUGGGCAUCGUUAGCUGAGCAAGUUUCACUUAUUGCUUGGAUUGAGGAUAAUCUGAAAGGACAGUAUAUGGUUCAGUCACAUCCGGAUCAACUGCUACAGGUGGUUAUUCUUUGUGGAACAAUGGCUCGACAAUUAAAUGCGGCUCGUUUGAUAGUACCGCUUACAGAUGAAUUGGUCGAAUUGUUGACAGCUCAACAAGAAGAUGAUGAAAUAGUUAUACAAGUGGCUUACGUUUUUUAUGCUAUAAUAACGCAUGAAGAACUCAGUGAAAGUGUUAUGGGUGGAAGUGCACACAUUGGUGCUUAUCUUAUCGAUUUAAUGCACGACAAAAAUGUACCUAUUCGUGCAGUAUGUGAUCGUGCGCUUUCCAUUAUUGCUGGACGUAGUGAAGAAUGGGCUCGGAAAAUGGACAUUGAGCGCUUUCGUUGGCAUAAUUUACAAUGGCUAGAAAUGGUUGCUGAUAGCAAUAAUGUAACAUCGAGUGAUUCGGUAAUUUCUGGUUCACCGGAUAUUUACAACGAGGUAUUCGGUGCCGAAGAUAUUCUUGGUGAUGCAUCACCGGAUAUUUCCCUUACACAUGCAAAUAACGACUUUUAAACUUUUCGAAAUAUUUCACAAAUCAUUUAGGAAGUUUUCUAGAGGUUUCUAUAGAUUUGUGAAAAUCAACUUGUAUUUUACUUUAAGCUGCUGCAGAUGUAUAAAAAUAUUGUUGUUAUCAUUAAUAUCAGUGAUUAUGUAACUUUCAUCAGUAGAUGAUCUCAUUUUAACAAUUCGCUAGUCGUAAAUAUUGUCGUUACCUCACGUACUUUCUUUUAUUUGUGUUUGCACUUAAGCGUAAUUCCAUGUUUCUUGGAGAUUUAGAAAAGACUGAAGAAGAGACUGGGUCAAAGUUUAACUUGUUCUUCAAUUAUCAUUCUCAUUCUCCAGAGAUUCUGCUCCCUCUUUUCCAGUCGUUUUCUCUAUCUCUUAUUCGUUUUGGUUAGAGUUCAUAAUUUGAUGGCAGUGUGCAUAAAAAUAUGAUUGUAUACAAAUUUAGUUGCAAUAUUGGGAUUAGCAGUAAGUUCGCCUGCCAAAUAUCACGUGAAUGGAUUGAAUGCAAAAUUAAAUGAGAGGAAAUAAUAUGUUCG